AUGGCCUACUUCUGCACGCUCUCCGGUGGCGGCGAGGACCCCUCCUUCUCCCUCCCGACAAGAGGCGACGAGAGGACGCGCGCGCUGGUGGCGGGUCGGAUGGCGUCCGCUCUGGAGCCGGAGGAGGGCGCGGGCGCGGGCGCCAAGAUCGUCGACCAGGGGCACGGGACUGCCGUGGUCCGCUCGUCGAGGCACCGGGCCCUGCGCCCGGACGCGGCGGAGGUGGUUCAGGAGGGACGCGACCGGCGGGCCAGGACCAAGAAGCAGGCGGCGAAGGAGGAGGGGCGCGCCCGGUACGGCUGCGCGUUCGAGGAGGAGGAGGGGAUGUUGGCGCCGCAUCGGCUGGUGUGGUCCAAGGUGAAGGGCCACCCGUGGUGGCCGGCGCAGGUGUUCGACGCGGCGGACGCGUCGCCGCUCGCGCUGGUGGAGCGACGGAAGGACGGGGCCGUCCUGGUCGCCAACUUCUGGCAGAAGACGUUCGCGUGGGUGUCCGGCCCCGCGGCGUCGCUCCGCCCGUUCCGCGACGGGUUCCUGCGCCUCGCCGCCGUCGACCGCGCCCACGUCCAGCUCUGGGGCGCCCGCGCCACCAUGUCCCCGUUCGCCUCCGCCGUCGACGAGGCGCUCGGCGAGGUCGCGCGCCGCGUGGAAGCCGGCCUGUCGUGCGGCUGCGGCGUCUCCAAGAAGAAGCAGGUGAUCGACAACGACGGCGUACGGGAGGGCGCGCACGGCGCGGUCGUGGACGCGGGGUUCGCCAGGGACGCGUUCCGCGGCGAGGCGUUCGUGGAGUACGUCUCCGCGCUGGCUGUCGCGCCGUUGGAGGGAGCCGACAGGCUCGAGCUCACCGUCGCCACGGCGCAGCUCACGGCCUUCACCCGGUGGAGGGGCACCCGUGGCCUCCCCGUGUACACGGCUUGCCAUGGCAUUGGUGUCGCGGACGGCGUCAUGGAGGGCACGCCGGCACUCCGUGCCGCCAGGAGGGGAAGGACGAAGAGCGACGUUGCCGACGGCAUCAUGGAGGGCACGCCGGCACGCCGUGCCACCAAGAGGGGAAGGCCGAAGGGCGACGUUGCCGACGGCAUCAUGGAGGGCACGCCGGCACGCCGUGCCGCCAAGAGGGGAAGGCCGAAGGGCAAACGGAAGAUGUCAAGGGACUGCACCUGCGACGCCAGCGCAAGCGAGAGCGCGGAAAACCCCUUGGAGCUGGAGAACUAUGAGCCAGCAAGGCCACGGCACGUGUCUCACCAGACGACCACGAAGAUGGGGAGGCUCAUGAGCCUGGCUGCGCGCCGGAUGUCGCUGUCGCCGGUGACCCGCAGACUAGCCGAUCCUCAGGCGAAUGCAGGUGUGACGAUGACAAGGUGCACCAGCGCUGCUGCCGCUGAUCAUACCAAUGCUGCUCCUUCGGUGAAUCUGAAGAAUUGUGGCCUCAACAAGGAUGAUGAGCCUUCGCUGACCGGGCUGGCGCUGAACUUCACCGGCCCAGACACCGUCCCUCCGGCGAGUGACCUCGUCAAGAUCUUCAGCAAGUUUGGGCCUGUGGUGGAAGCCAGGCCGGAAGGUUCGACGGUCUCCGUGGUGAUCUUCGAGAGGAAACUGGAUGCCGAGGCGGCGUUCUCACGCGCAGAGAAGAUCCGCGCCCUGAGCCCGAACCUGGUCAGCUACCGCCUCGCCCACUCGCUGUCGGCUCGCCCGCCGGCUGAUUUUCCUCAGAGCCCAAUGAACACCGAUGAAAUGAAUCACCUGUUUGUUGAUGUUGAUGAUGAAGCUCUCCAUUAGCUGGCUAUGGGGUUUUGUUUUGGGGGAUCACUCAGGAUAUUUUGGAUAGGAGGAGGCAAUGAAAGAGUUUACAUGCUCAAAUCAAGCAAGCAAGUUUUGAAGUUGGAUAGGUUGAUAUGGCCUGUAGCAGGAAAAAGUUCAGGAACAUGGACUGGUGUAGUAGUUUCCAGCAGUUGCAGCGUUGUUUGUUGACUAUGUUAGUGAGUUACCUGUGGUGCAAAGACAUAUAAGUUGAUGAUG